AUGAUUUAUUCAAUAUUUACAUGUGUACUGCUCGCAUUUGCAUACGAUUGUUCAUAUUCAACGAUUUCGAAGCCACAUCUAGAAGAUCGUGAACAAUAUUUUGGAAACGAUUUUAAGUCACUAUUCAUGCGUAAAAAUUCAUCUUCAGCUACAACUAAAAGAACACUUUCGACAACAACGUUCUACAAGAGAAAUCAUAGUUUUACACUAAAUAUUCGUAGGACAGCUGGAAUCUUAGCUGGUGUUGCUGUUACUCUUGGUUUGCUACGUAUUUGUCUUGCGUUUUAUAAAAGUAAAUCAUGGCCCUCAAGAUUUGUUAAUCGGAGACGUCCAACUUCGUCACAAAAUACAGUUGGAUCGUCCAUUGCUGUUAUUGAUGUUCCUGCCCUACCAAAAUUAGAUUUGCCACCAAAAUAUGAGGAAGCAAUUGCCUUACAAAAUCGCAAAGAAUGGAAAUUGCCCUCAUACGAGGAAUUUCAAAAAUCGUCAGAAGAACCGACUACAUUAGAUACUAUCGGUAAUAAUUCAACAGUUACAACACUCCUCUGA